GAAUGACGCGUAGUUUGAAAAGUUACAUUAGUGCCGUGAAGUGUUUUUGCCAAACAAAUUGAAGGAGCAUAGUUAAAUAAAUUGCUAGUUUUCUAAAUAGUAUUGCAAAGAGUUUUUCCAGUCCGCGCCAAUUUGUCUGCUGCCACACUUCCCAAAAUGUGCUGCUGGUUUCAAAUGGAGAAGAAAUGUUUAAAAUAUAUAUUUUGACUAUUCUUUAUAGGAACACACUCGAACAUAACCUUAGUAAUUCCUUUCUAUGUAUCAUUGUCAUGUAAACAUUGUAACUUUCAACAUUGUUAUUGCCAUUUUGUGCAAAAUUCAUACGAGCUGUGCGGUCUAAUCGAUAUUUAUUAAUCAGUUAAUUAAAGUUCCAACUAGUUCUUGAAAUGGCAGGCUCAGCGCUUCGUCGGCUGAUGGCUGAAUAUAAACAGCUGACUUUAAACCCACCCGAAGGAAUACUGGCUGGACCUGUAGAUGAAGAAAACUUCUUCGAAUGGGAGGCUCUUAUAACGGGCCCCGAAGGCACUUGCUUCGAAGGAGGCGUGUUUCCAGCUAAGCUAACAUUCCCCCCCGAUUACCCACUGAGUCCUCCAAAAAUGCAAUUUACCUGCGACAUGUUUCACCCCAAUAUAUACUCGGAUGGACGUGUCUGUAUUUCAAUAUUGCACGCCCCUGGCGAUGACCCAAUGGGGUACGAAUCCAGCGCCGAAAGGUGGUCUCCAGUGCAAAGUGUUGAGAAAAUUCUCCUCUCAGUUGUGAGCAUGUUAGCAGAACCGAAUGACGAAAGUGGAGCCAACGUGGACGCAGCAAAAAUGUGGCGAGAGAGCCGCGAGGAAUUUAACAACAUAACUGAGAAGCUUGUGAGGAAGACUUUAGGCAUUCCGUGCUAAUUACUUAAAACGUAAUUACAUCCGAAAAAUCCUUAGGGUGUGCAAUAAAGCUAUGUUUCUUUA